AUGCGUCACUUAGUAUCAAUCAAAGAUCUAUCUGAUCAAGAGUUUAAAAUAUUGGUAGAUAGAGCUGAAUAUUUUAAGAAAAUGUUUAAAAAUGGUAACAUUGAAGAGUUUCAACAACAACAUUUAAAAUUAUUAGGUAGAACAGUUGCCUUGAUAUUCACUAAAAGAUCAACAAGAACUAGAAUUUCAACAGAAGGUGCAGCAGCAUUCUUUGGUGGUCAGCCUAUGUUCUUAGGUAAAGAUGAUAUCCAAUUAGGUGUAAAUGAAUCUUUCUAUGAUACUACAAAAGUAGUUUCAUCAAUGGUUUCUUGUAUAUUCGCAAGAGUCAACCAACAUCAAGAUAUUUUGAAUCUAUGCAAAGAUUCAUCAGUACCAAUUAUAAAUUCAUUAUGUGAUAAAUACCAUCCAUUACAAGCAAUCUGUGAUUUGUUGACAAUAAAGGAAAAACUAAACUACAAUCAAAAUAAAUUAAAAUUAGCUUGGAUUGGUGAUGCUAACAAUGUCAUUAAUGAUAUGUCUAUUGCAUGUUUAAAAGUUGGUAUCGAUGUCGCUAUUGCGACACCAAUUGGCAUUGAAAUGGAUAAUGAAAUUGUUGAUGAAGCUAAGAAGAUAGCAAUAAAAAAUAACUGCAAAUUUACUUUAACUCAUGAUUCAAAAGAAGCAUCAAAGGAUGCUCAUAUUCUAGUUACUGAUACUUUUGUAUCAAUGGGUGAAGAAUUUGCCAAAGCUGCAAAAUUAAGACAAUUUAAAGGUUUCCAAAUAAAUUCAGAACUAUGUUCUGUAGCCGAUCCAAAUUAUGUAUUUAUGCAUUGUCUACCAAGACACCAUGAAGAAGUUACAGAUGAAGUAUUUUACAGUGAUCAUUCGAUAGUAUUUGAUGAGGCUGAAAACAGAUUAUAUGCAGCUAUGGCUGCAAUUGACAUCUUUGUUAAUAAUAAAGGUAAUUUCGAUAAUUUAGUUUAA